AUGUGGAAUUCAGCCAAUGACACAAUUUUAUACUCGAUACAAGCCACCGCCGCUUCUCGUCGUAUAACAAAACGCACAAUAAGCUCGGAGAUAGCAAGGAUUUACGAUCCGUUAGGACUCCUCGCACCGGUGAUCGCACCUAAGAUGCUGCUCCAAAAAAUCUGGGCCGUGAAGGUUGAUUGGGACGAAGCACUCCCGCUCACCAUCCAUACUGAAUGGACCAGAUUUUACCAACAACUGCCUCUGCUAAACAACAUCACCUUUCCACGAAAGACGAUCAUCAAAUCCGCCACCACCAUCGAACUACACGGGUUCUGUGACGCAAGCGAAAAGGCUUACGGCGCUUGCGUUUAUCUCCGACCCAUCAACGAGAACGGCAAAAUCUGGGUAGAACGUUUAACAGCAAAAUCGAAGGUAGCACCGUUGAAACAACAAACUAUUCCACGUCUGGAACUGUGUGGAGCAUUACUCCUCACAUCAUUAAUCGCGACAACGCAAAAGGCCUUACACAUUAAUUACGACCACUAUUGGACUGACUCCACCAUUGUCCUCCAUUGGUUAACAACAUCUCCGCACUCUCUGAAGACAUUCGUGGCCAACCGAGUCGCGGAAAUUCAAGAGAAAACGCACAUCCCAGAUUGGAGACACGUACCCACACAGGACAAUCCAGCAGAUCUAAUUUCAUGA